CAAAACAUUUUUCACAAUGAGUUGUACUAAAUAGAAGUUAACUUUAGUGGUAGUGUGUUAGAGUUGGUGGUGAGGGAAAACGUUGUUUCUUUCACAAUAUUUUUCCUAUUUUUUUUAAUUAUUAUUUGUAGUAUUUCCCCGUUUAGUUAUAAUUUAAGAAAGUUUUGUCCUCCACUGUUUUGAAAUUUUGAGUUCAAUUUGCACUUUAAAUGGAAACGACGAUGUCGGAAGACAAUUCUAGCCUGCCUCAGGAACCAUCAGAAUAUCAAUCACCAAUGACAUAUUUGUAUGAAAAUUGCCACAAAGCACGUGAGAAAAACCCAGAUUUUAUUAAUGAAUGUAAUAUAUGUACAAAGUACUUCGAAAAAUGGUCCGAACAAGAUCAAAUAGAGUUUGUAGAACAAUUGUUAUCCAAAAUGACGCAUUGUCAGCACAGUCAUGUUAGUUCUUUUCUAAGGCCCAUGCUACAAAGAGAUUUUAUAUCUCUUCUUCCUAAAAAAGGCCUAGAUCAUGUUGCUGAAAGCAUUUUGUCUUAUCUUGAUGCCAAGUCCCUAAGUGGAUCAGAGCUUGUUUGUAAAGAAUGGUACCGAGUGAUUUCAGAAGGGAUGUUGUGGAAAAAACUAAUUGAGAGACGUGUCCUCACUGAUUCUCUGUGGAAAGGUUUGGCUGACAGAAGAGGAUGGAUAAAAUACCUGUUCAAACCAGCUCCUGGAGAACAACAUCCUGAUCAUACGUUUUAUCGGCGAUUGUUUCCUAAAAUUAUCCAAGAUAUUGAAAGCAUAGAAACUAAUUGGAGAUGUGGACGGCAUAACCUACAAAGAAUUAAUUGCCGCAGUGAGAAUAGCAAAGGUGUAUAUUGUUUGCAAUUUGACGAUCAGAAAAUUGUCAGUGGUCUUCGUGAUAACACCAUUAAAGUUUGGGAUCGCAAUUCUUUGCAAUGUGUGCAGGUGUUGACUGGUCACACUGGCUCGGUAUUGUGCCUUCAAUAUGAUGAUAAAGUCAUUAUUAGCGGUUCUAGCGACUCAACUGUCCGUGUCUGGGAUGUAUCAACAGGACUGAUUUUAAAUACAUUAAUUCAUCAUUGUGAAGCUGUGCUCCAUUUAAGGUUCAAUAAUGGUUUAAUGGUAACCUGUUCAAAAGAUAGAUCAAUUGCAGUGUGGGAUAUGGUAUCUCCAUCUGAAAUAAAUCUUAGACGUGUUUUAGUGGGUCACCGAGCAGCUGUUAAUGUUGUAGAUUUUGAUGAAAAAUACAUUGUGUCUGCAUCAGGAGAUCGUACUAUUAAAGUAUGGAGUACAUGUACUUGCGAGUUUGUUCGGACAUUAAAUGGACAUAAACGUGGAAUAGCUUGUUUGCAAUACAGAGAUCGCUUGGUUGUGAGUGGUAGCUCAGACAACACUAUCAGAUUAUGGGAUAUAGAAUGUGGAGCAUGUUUGCGGACCCUUGAAGGUCACGAGGAAUUAGUCAGAUGUAUACGUUUUGACAAUAAGCGGAUUGUGAGCGGUGCUUAUGAUGGGAAGAUAAAGGUUUGGGAUUUAGCUGCUGCUUUAGAUCCAAGGGCACCAGCAGGAACUUUAUGUUUGCGAACUUUAGUGGAACAUUCGGGUCGUGUCUUUAGACUUCAGUUUGAUGAAUUCCAAAUUGUAAGCAGUUCUCAUGAUGAUACUAUACUAAUUUGGGAUUUUUUGAACUACAGUUCCUCUGACACACCAGCAACUUCUGUCAGAUCUCCAUCUCGUACUUACACAUAUGUCUCAAAGUGAUUGGAAUGUAGAAAAUUAAUUUAUAUUUACAUUGAAUUCAGAAAGUGUCAGGAUUAUCUGAUUCAAAACCUGCCUUUUUAUGCUGCUGGCGGUGUUAAUGGAAAAGCCUUCUUGCUGAACAUUUUACACUAGACAUAGUGUUCAGAACUCACAAUCAUUUUGAAGUUGGACUGCUCAUCUCAUCAGUUGUGAUUUAUGUCAUUCCUGUGACAAUGUCCAUUUUCAUCUCAUUGGCGCUUUGCAGUUGUAUAUAAUUAUCCACUGUCAAGGAUCAGCUUGUUAGACUUACAUUUUUAUCUCAUUCAUUGAUUGUGAUUUUGCUCUCAUGGGAAAUUUUUCAUUGUUCACUCCAGAAAACGAAAUACUUUUAGCAUUCCUGAAUUUCAACUUUAUGUAAUUGUUGGCGUCAUAGUUAUUUUCUUGUUUGAAUCUUAUUUUUUCCAUAUAUAUAUUGACUAUUUAAAAAAGUUAUUUGAAAAGUUAGAAACCUGUCUACUAAAAAAUACAUUUUCCAUAAAUUAUCUGUUUUCUUGCAACGAAUUAAAACGAACUUAGAAAAGACUAAUUGCUCUUUUUCUGUCAAAUAUCUUCGACAUUAUUGUAAUUGCCUUUAAGAAAUUGCCUUAUCUGUAGUAUUGUGUUCAUAAGGAACUGGCAUAUUUCAAUAGAAUUCACAAGUUUUGGCUUCGUGACUUCUUUUGGUCAUGCUCCUGCGAUAGCAAUCAUUUAUGCUCAAAUGCAGAGUUCUCUAUUGCUCUCCAAUUUUAUUUUGCUUUAAAAGUAUGAUUGUGCAAUUUCAAAAGAUAUAUUCCAUUUAUAAAGCUGAAAUCAUUGUUAUUUUAUAAAAAAUACCCCCCCCCCCCCUAAUAUAUAUUAAAAUUUUCUUCUGAAACCUAAAAGUUUUAAUGCCUGAUGUCAUUGACAUCAUUACCAUUUUUCUCGGUUACUGUAGUUUUUAUGAUUCAGCGUUUUCUAUUCUUGCAUAUAUUUUUAUUUUCUUAUUUUCAGAAUAAAUUUACUUUAAAUAUUUUUGAAUAGUAAAUCUGUGGUUCUACUAACAAUUGAUAAUUUUUAAUGCAAAUUUCAAGUUAGUGCAAUUUACUUUUUCUCAGUCUCUUCAUAUUAAAAUUCAU